ACUACCCUUGAUGAAAUGGAGAGGCCAAGCUUCAAUCAAUUCACAAGAAAGUUGAAUUUGAAAUAAAAUGUUACUUUUGGCUGAAGACUCUCUUUCUAUCUCUGUUUUCUGUUGUCUGUGUGUACAGGUAUGUGAUAAGUACAUUGGAACUAAUGGUGGCAGAGGAUUACAUCAUUGUUUAUCUGAACGGCGCCACACCUCGCAGGAGGAUGCCCGGUUUUAGCUGGAUGAAAAAGUGUUACCAAAUGAUAGACAGGAGAUUAAAGAAAAACACCAAGAUGUUCAUCAUUGUUCAUCCUUCCUGGUUCAUACAGACUUUGCUGGGAAUAACCAGACCCUUCAUCAGCUCCAAGUUCAGCAGUAAGAUCAAGUGUGUUAAUAGUCUGCGGGAGCUUGGAGAAAUCAUCCCAACCGAGUACCUUCACAUUCCACCCAGCAUCAUCAAGCAGCUCAGCCGCUGCCUUUAA